AUGACUUCAACUACUGGUGUUCAACCACAGAAUAAAAAUAAUAAUAAUAAUGAACGAUCAGAUUUUAUUAGUUUUGCUAAUUUAUCAAAUCAAAUUUAUCGUAAAAUAACUAAACAUGGUUUUAAUUUUACAUUAAUGAUUGUUGGUGAAAGUGGACUUGGUAAAACAACAUUAAUUAAUAGUUUAUUUCAAAUAAAUCUUUAUCCACAACGACAUAUAUAUAUUGAUCAAGAAAAUUUUCAUCAAUCAAUGAAAAUUGAAUCAACGAUUGUCGAAAUUGAAGAAUGUGAUGUUAAAAUACAUUUAACAAUUAUUAAUACACCUGGUUAUGGUGAUAAUAUUGAUUGUACUGAUAAUGAUAAAUUAAUAUUAAAUUAUAUUGAUAAACAAUUAGAACAUUAUUUUAAUGAUGAAAAUAGUCUUUAUCGUCGACAUAUAUCUGAUAAUCGUGUUCAUUGUCUUUUUUAUUUUAUUUCAUCAUUAACACGAGGUCUUAAACCAUUAGAUAUUAAAUGUAUGAAAACAUUACAUCAUAAAGUAAAUAUUAUUCCAAUAAUUGCAAAAGCUGAUGCAUUAACAUCUAAUGAACUUAUUCAAAUGAAACAAAUUAUUAUUGAACAAAUUCAUAAUCAUAAUAUUCAAAUUUAUCAAAUACCUGAUUGUGAUAUAGAUGAAAAUGAAGAAUUAAAAGAAAAAAAUUUUCAAUUAAAAAAUUCAUUACCAUUUGCAAUUAUAUCAUCAAAACAAAUCUAUGAAGUUAAAGGAAAAAAAAUUCAUGGAAGAAUUUAUCCAUGGGGUUUAAUUGAUAUUGAAAAUUCUAAUUAUAAUGAUUUUCUUAAACUUCGAACAAUGUUAAUAAUACAUAUGCAAGAUUUACAACAAAUAACACAUAAUAUUCAUUAUGAAAAUUAUCGAUCAGAAAAACUUCAAUUAAAAAAAAAAACAUAA